AUCGCUCUCCUCAGCCGGGCCGUUCGGGCACUCGCGAGAGUCGCGAUUAUCGCUGCAUGUCCCGGCCUGGAGCCGACGUUCAUCGGUGUAGGGAGGCACGGAGCACCCUGAGGUACUGCUCGCCCCGGUAUGUACGGAUCUGUUUCCCCUCUUAACCUCGCUUCCCACAGGUGGAGGAGGAGAGCCUUUACCUCAGGUCCGCCCGCCUCAGGAUGGCUGCAGCGGUGUGAGGGGAGCGCGGCCUCCUUGGCGCCCGGUGGGCUGUGGCUGUGGAAGUGUGGCCCUGCAGACCCCAUUGAGCUUCUGUGCUGUCCUCUUUGGACUUCCUCGGUCUCCGUAAGAGCCUCGCAGCCCGGAGGGAGCUCACAGUCGAAGGAGGGAAGAAAAACUUACCUGUGGCAAUGAUGGAGCCUUUGGAGGACAACUUGUUUGAUCUUUCUGAUUAUGAAAACACAGAAGAUGAAAGGUUCCCACCUCUCCCACCUCCUGCCUCUCCGGGAAGAGAUGAUGCUGAAUGGGCUCAAGCUAAUGGAGAACCAGAUGGGAACCAGCAGUCACAAGCAAAGGAGUCUGAUGCAGCUCUACGGAAAGCAGUUAAAAGGCCAAUGCCUAAACUAGAUGCCCAGAGGCUAAUCUCAGAAAGAGGACUUCCAGCCCUAAGACACAUGUUUGACAACGUAAAGUUCAAGGGUAAAGGGCACGAGGCAGAGGAUCUGAAGACUCUCAUGCGACACAUGGAACACUGGGCUCAUAGGCUAUAUCCAAAACUGCAGUUUGAGGAUUUUAUUGACAGGGUUGAGUCUUUGGGAAACAAAAAGGAAGUUCAGACCUGCCUAAAGCGGAUUAGACUUGAUCUUCCUAUUACACAUGAAGACUUUGCAGAUAACAAAGAUGGUGAAGGGGAAAGCAAUGGACUGAAUACAGCAGCUGAAGAUGUAGGUUCCAGCUCUGGAAAUGCAGAACAGCUCAGUCCUGUGUCUGCUAUGACUCUCACAGAGCAGCAGCAGGAGCGAAUCAAGAAGAACAGGCAGCUGGCCUUGGAGCGCAGGCAGGCCAAGAUGCAGUGCCACAGCCAGUCACAACACAAUGAGCUGUCCGCUAGUUACCCAGAAGAGGAGUUUAACACCCCUGUUGCUCAGGAUCCUGCUGACCAUAUUGAAGAUACCCCAGUUACUGCACUCAAGGUUGCUGUGGAUGGAGAUACAGAAGGUGAAGAUGGAGAUACAGAAGCUGAAGAUGGAGACACAGAUUUGGAACAUGCCAGUGAAAAGCUGUAACCAUUCUCCUGAACUUUCUUGAUGGAAAACCCCCAGUACUUGAAGUACUGUCAUUAUAAUUGCUGGUUCUUUUUACUAUGACUUUUGUGAAGUUGGACUUUUGCAGCUGCAGAUGAGCACCAGAAAACAACACAUUCAUUUGCAUUUGGGACAUCUUUUCUACCUCCCGCAGGAGUGUUCAGGGAACAUUAAUGAGGGGCUGUGGCCUAUUUUGGGUUUUGUUAACACUUGAUGUCAAACUGAAUUAACUGGGAAUAUUGAGAGGUGAAGUAUCUAUUAAAGUUGUGGUUAUUUUAACAGUG